CACAACAUCCACCAUGGCUACCCCAGAGCGCGCACCGCCAUAUUUGGCCGCCGUCGACCUGGCUGUAUACACUGGCCUUGCACAGAUCGAAAAUGCAAAGGAAGUGGCCUACGCUGGCGGCCUCGCGACAACUGUCACUCCCGCGAACAUCGAAACCGCAUUCCAACUGCUAAAGGACACCGUCGGCCGAUAUGCCGUCCACUUGGAGGUGUCCGGUCUGGACUCACAGCAGGAUGUCAUCGAUCUUCUGGACGCCGGCGCCGCCAAAGUCUUCGUAGCUGGCCAGCAGGCUGCUACUCUGAAGAACGUCCCGAACCUCGAUCUCAAUCGCAUUGUUUACCAUCCGACCGCCUCUUCCGGCGACGAGGCCAACGCUUUGGAAGGAACAAGCUUCGGACUCUUCCUCCAGAAUGUUGGCAGCGUGCAUGCAGUCAGCCUCAUUUUGAAAGAGCUUGGAAAGGACCGGCCGCCGGUCUACGUUUCAAAGGCAGACAUGUCCGAGCAAGACGCAUUGGAGCUGUGCCAGCAAGAUGCCAUCCCAAUCAUACCUGCUCAGCAACUUACAGUGGAUGCGGAGGCGUCUGAAGGCGACAUUCGCAUUGCUCCUUUGCUGUUGGCACGUGCGAAGAGCGACCGACCGGAUGGACUCUUCACAACAUUGGUCACGGACGAGCGAGGCAUUGCUUUGGGACUGGUCUACAGCAAUGAGGAGAGUGUUGCAGAGAGUUUGCGAUCAGGAAGAGGAGUAUACCACAGCAGGAAGAGAGGAUUGUGGAGAAAGGGCGACACGAGUGGAGACUGGCAAGAGCUUGUGCGAGUCGAGGCUGACUGUGACGAGGACUGCUUGAGCUUCGUCGUACGGCAGCAAGGUGUUGGAUUCUGCCAUUUGCAGACCGCGACAUGUUUUGGAUCAUACCGAGGAUUGUCGAAAUUGCAAAAGACACUGCAAAGUCGGAAGAGGUCAGCACCGGAGGGAUCAUACACGGCACGUCUCUUCAACGACCCGAAGAUGGUCCAUGCGAAGAUCAUGGAAGAGGCGGCAGAGCUCUGCGAGGCACAGUCGAAGGAGGAUAUCGCGGCGGAGGCUGCUGAUGUGCUGUACUUCACCCUCACGAAGGCAAUUGCAGCCGGCGUCACAUUGGAGGACAUCGAGCGAAAUCUGGAUGCCAAGAGCGUCAAGGUGAAGAGACGGAAGGGCGAUGCGAAGGGACCAUACGCUGAGAAGUUCGGCGUGAAUGGCACCACCAAUGGCACAACCAACGGCACAACCAAGGAGAUGGUCAAGGAGGCACAAUCGACACCAAAAUCCAAAGACGAUCCUGCUGGACUGAGCAAAGACGGCCGUAUCGAGAUGCGCAAAUACUUCGCCAGCCAGGAGUCACCAGAGACAAUUGCUUCAGUGCUGCAACGACCUUCGCAGCGUUCAACCGACAAGAUCAUGGGCAUCGUACAGCCUAUAAUCAAGGACGUCCGCGAGCGAGGCGACAAGGCAUUACUGGAGUAUACGCACAAGUUUGAAAAGGCCACCUCUCUCACAUCACCCGUCCUCAAAGCACCAUUCCGAGCAGAGUUGAUGCAGCUUACUCCAGAAACGAAGGAGGCCAUUGACAUCUCGUAUGAGAACAUUCGCAAAUUUCACGCCGCGCAAAAGGAAGAGAAGCCGCUUUCCGUGGAGACCAUGCCUGGCAUUGUGUGCUCCCGCUUCGUCCGUCCCAUCGAACGUGUAGGCUGCUACGUUCCCGGCGGUACCGCCGUCCUUCCCUCAACUGCAAUGAUGCUGGGCGUCCCUGCCAUGGUUGCCGGCUGCCACAAGAUUGUUCUCGCAUCACCACCUCGAUCAGACGGCUCCAUCACUCCUGAGAUUGUCUACAUUGCUCACAAGAUUGGCGCCGAAAGCAUCGUCCUCGCCGGUGGUGCUCAAGCCGUGGCUGCCUUGGCCUACGGCACAGAAAACGUCACCAAGGUUGACAAGAUCCUUGGACCCGGCAAUCAGUUUGUGACUGCCGCAAAGAUGAUCGUCUCCAAUGACACAUCCGCCAACGUCAGCAUCGAUAUGCCCGCAGGUCCCUCCGAAGUGAUGGUCAUUGCAGACAGCACCUCCGUUCCCUCCUUCGUCGCAUCCGAUCUUCUUUCGCAGGCCGAACACGGCGUUGACUCUCAAGUUAUCCUCAUUGCCGUCGGUCUCUCUGAAUCUCAUCUCCAAGCCAUCGACGACGAAAUCCAUAACCAGGCGAUGGCUCUUCCUCGUGUCGACAUUGUCCGCGGCGCCAUCUCCCACAGCUCUACCCUCGUUGUGCCCACCAUCGAAGAGGCCAUGCGUCUAUCGAACGACUACGCGCCUGAGCAUCUAAUCUUGCAGGUCGACUCGCCUGCCACGGUACGUGACAAAUUUGUCUUCAACGCUGGCUCAGUGUUCUGUGGGCCGUGGACGCCAGAGAGUGUAGGCGACUACUCUGCCGGUGUCAACCACAGUCUACCGACAUACGGCUACGCGAAGCAGUACUCCGGUGUGAACUUGUCGAGCUACGUCAAGCACAUUACGUCCUCCGAGUUGACGGAGCAGGGAUUGAAGAAUGUUGGGACCGCGGUCAUGAGGUUAGCGAGCGUUGAGGAGUUGCACGCUCACGAGCGGGCGGUCAGGAUUCGGCUGGAUUGGUUGGAGCAGCAAGGGAGGUGAUGUCGGAGUCGAUGUAAGGGAGUGACAGAACUUGCAAUCGAGGGAGGAUGAUGUUGAUGUGUUGUCUAAUUGACUUAGCAUUCAUGUACACGUUAUCCGUAUACAUUCAGACCU